AUGGCUAAACAGAUUUCCGAUAAUGUGGACAAUUAUCAAAUUUGUAACGAGAAUAAAGGUAUUACUUUAGCACCUCUCCCUGUUCUCAAAUAUCCUACACCCUUUCGUCCUUGGGAGAAGUUUAGCAUGGAUGUUUUAGGUGAUUUAGUAAAGACUUAUCAUAAUAAUAACUAUCUUUUAGUCAUGAUAGACACGUUUACACGCUAUUGUGAACUAGCACCUAUCCCUGAUAAAAUCGCAGAGACAAUUGCCCGAACCUUUAAGAGUCGUAUUCUCGAUAGGCAUGACACUCCUAACGUUCUACUUACAGAUAAUGGAGGUGAAUUUAACAAUGCGCUGGUAACUAAAUUAUGUGAACUGUAUCACGUUAACAGAUGUAAUAUUACAGCUCAUCAUCCUGCAGCCAACGGGAUGGGUGAACGACUUAACAGGAAGAUUCUUAAUCAUCUUCUUACUAACUUAGAAUUUACUAGCUCGAACUGGGAUGAGUGUAUGUUUUACGUACAAAGUUCUAUUAACAGUCCUUAUCAUCAAUCCAUUGGCGACACACCUCUCUUAGCUUUCUACUAUUAUGACAGCCGACUUCCCUUCGAGGUUGAAGUAAGGAGACAGCGAAUUUUCGGUGACGAUUUCAUCGGCGAAUGGUAUCGACAUUCCAAACUGAUUCACCAGCGAAUUUCGCAUGAGUUAGAAAAAGCGACUAACGCCUUCACCGCCGAAUGCAAUAAAAGUACACGGCCCAUUGGCAAUGUCAACCAUGAUGUUCUUACUCAUUCUCUGCAUGAUUCAUGGGCUACUGAUACACGAGCCGUCACGGCGCGGUUGUUUAGUGUCUCCUCCCCAGAAUGA